AGUUAUGGUGCACUAAAAUACUUUUCCUUUUGUACUAUUCAACCAAAAUGCUUUAAAGGAGAAGGAAAAAAAGCCUCUUUUUUUUUUUCACCACCGAACGGAUAACAUGGAUAGGAGAUAGCCAAGUUUCAUGUCCCUUCUGUUUCAAUUCCCAAGAAACUUGAUCCUGAAUUCAUGUCAUAAUAGUUGCUGUUGAAGUACCCUCUUCAAAUUUCUGAAGAAUCAUGGCCUACUACAGCUCUGCCUAUUCUGGUUCUGAAAAUUAUGGUGAGUACAAUUUCAACUCUUAUGCUCUCAAUUAUGAUUAUGCUCAAAUUCCAUCCUAUAUGGCUUAUACUAGUUAUGAGUACAAUCAAAAUCAACCAUAUUAUGGAUAUGAUUCAAGUUUAUAUUAUGCUCCUAAUUACCCUGCUGAGACUUACCAAACCCAAACCACAUCUUACUCAGCCACAACGUAUAGUGACCCAAAAUCUGUUGUGUAUGUUCCCAAUAACGGUAUGAGUCAGCUUGUGAUAUCUUAUUCUAAAGCGGAAUUCAAUGUGCCUGAAUUUGAUGACUAUGAUCCAACACCUUAUGGUGGUGGAUAUGACAUUGAUCAGACCUAUGGCAAAGCCCUACCACCUUCAGAUAAAAUUUGCUAUCCUCGUUCUGGGUCAAGUCCAAUUACUGAACCACAACCACUCUUUUCUGGGCCCAUAGUUCCAUUGCCUACUAUAGAAGAGGGAAUUGAAGAGAAACCAAUCACACCCCAGAAUGGAGCUAUCAUCCAAACAAAAACCGAAGAGAAGCCUCAGUCACAAGAUAGUGGCAAAGAUCACCCUAAAGAAGUAGAAGACAACAACUUUGACACUGAGAGUGAGGGAAGUGAUGACCAUGAAGAUGAUAACUAUUCAGAAUCUGGCAUUGAUGAAGGGUACAAUGGGGGACAGGGUUAUGAUGAGCAUGAGAAGCAAGUGGUUCCUGUUGUUCCUCAAUAUCCUAGUGGAUAUGGAUUGGAAGCUAUGGACAUUUGUGAAAGCUUGUUUGGAUAUUGGCCUUGUUUGGAUCGUAUGAAGAAGAAGAGGGAAUGUUGUUGUGAGGAAGUGAGUUAUAGAGGGAACAAUUGUCAGGAGAACAUGUGGCAAGGUACUGCAGAUUAUCUAUUUGGCAGUCCAAAUCCUUAUGGUGGGAGUGGCUAUGGAGGAGAUGUUGUUUAUGGAUAUCAAAGGCAUCAUCCAAUGCAAGCACAAUACAAACAGAUUGAUUAUACUGAUGGAUCGUGGUGACAAAUCAAAACCAUUUGUUCUAAGAUGUAAUAAAAAAUGUUGAAGAUGUAAAGCUUGUCUGUGUUGUAAUAAAAUGUAAGUAUGUAACAUUUGAAUUUGAAGAUGUGCAAUGAAGAAAAUUUCUUGCUUGGUUUUCUGCCA